CAUUGUAAGUUUAUUUGACCACCCAGCCUUCUAGGAGGCCAUGUAUAUAAAUAUGUGGUGACAAAAACUUGAUGCCUUCAAAAUCUUCAUUCGACCUCUCUCUAUUUCCUAAAAAGACAUGGAAGCUUCACAAAAUCUCAAUCUCCAAAACACUAAACUCACAAAACCAUUACAUCAUCUCCUAGAAGUAGAACAAGAAGAAGAAGAAGAAGAUAAAGAAGAAACCCUCUCUCUCCGAGACCUUCCCCUGCUCAACGACAGCAACAAACCUAGUUCCACCGCCACCACAUCCACCAUUGAAUAUCACGGUGAACCGUCGCCGGAACCUUUUGAGUUCUUGACCUCAACUUCCUACGACGUUUCUCCGGCAGAAAACAUAAUCUACCGUGGCAGAAUCAUCCCUUUAAAUUACCAAAGUGCCCUCUUCUCGCCUCCUGAACACAUUAGCCCACGAGUUCGGACAAGAUCCGAGUCCUUGUCUGCUAUACAAGGCAAUAAGUUAAACCCUCCCCUAGCACGUGACAAUGUCGGACCCAUGAGGACAAGCCGUUCUUUAGAUGAUCGUAAGCUCACGCGUCGUUUAACCACUCCACCGGAAAAGGUUUCUUCGACAAAAGGUAUGGCGAAGCCUGAAGUGUUGUCGUCUGGAAGUGGAAAGAGUGUAAGACCAAGAUGGUAUGUGAUCAUGUUUGGUAUAGUUAAGUUCCCACCGGAGAUCGAGCUGAGGAACAUAAAGAGUCGCAAGACUCGCCGGAAUGUUCCACCGGUUAUGUUUCCGUCUCAUCCUGACCAGAGAUCUCGGACGUCACCGUCUCCUUCUUGGAGGUUUCUCAACGCCUUAAGUUGCAAGGAGCCCACAAGCGUUGCUGCCACGGCACCGCUUUGGAUUCCCCAUGCGUAAAAUACUGUUUUAUCCCUAGGAAUUAGUGUUGAUGGUUGCUUGCUUUGCUGUUGAUUGAGAAGGAGAGAAUUGUCACUUCAUAAAAGAAAUAUCGAUAUUGUAAUUCUCAUAUUGUAAAUGUUUUUUUUGGGGUGUGAAAGGAUGUCGAUAUUGUUAUUUAUUUUGGUGAAACAGUAUCGAUAAUAGUUUGGACUCAUACCUUUUAUUGUAUGCUAUUUAUAUUUGUUUU